AUGGGGGACAAACAGCCCUACAAGCCACCCAAUCAAGCCCGAUAUCCAAAGGCCAUUCGACCUCGUUUCUUGCGAAGCAAGUCAGGAUGUCUUGGCUGUAGGAUUCGACGCAAGAAGUGUGACGAGCAGAAACCGGCCUGCAAAAGCUGCAAAAAACAGCAGCUUAUAUGUGCCUGGCCGAAUGGUGAUCAUGACAUCCCACAGUCGCACGGAUUUGCGUGGCAAAUCAACCUGAAAGCAGGGGGAAGGGUCUCGAAAACGCCCAUAUCAGUCAGCGAGCCCUGUGCUCGUCAGCUCCCGCCGCAUGAGACCUCUCAAAAUAUAAUAAAGGAUGCUUCUAGAGAUCACGAUGUCAUUUGCGAUCUCGGAUGGCCUGGUGUUCCGAUCAGUUUGCAGGGUUCCCAUCACUUCCACAUGCUCAUCGAACACUAUGUCAAAAUUACUAGCCACACAUUGACUGGUCGUGAAAACCACACAAAUCCAUUCUUGUCCCCAACCCUCGAGUUAGCUUCUGCAGAUAACUUGGUUAUGCACGCUGUGCUAGCCGUCAGUGGGAUCCAUUGCCAGCAUUUAACCAAAGAUCCGGAUGUGCUGGUGACGACUUACAAGCACUACGGAACCGUUCUCAAAGGACUCAAGUACGCAUUGACACACUGGGUCGAGAGAACCUCACCCGAGAAAUCACUGAGUCUUCUCUUGGUGGCUAUUCUCAUGUGCAUGUAUGAGGCUCUGGGAGGUAAUGAUAAUGGCGCCAUGUCGCUCCACGUGAGAGCUGCACGUGAAUUCUGCUCACAUCUCAUCACGAGAGAACCGAUGGCAAGGAGUUUGCCGCUUGCCGGAAUACUCUUUGAAGCUUACGCCUAUUUUGCAGCCCUUUCCCAUUUAGAACGACGAGCACUCGAGUUGAUGCCGGAUCAAGAUCCGAUUAUUUCAGAUAUUGACUGCAUCAAAACAUAUCAAACUUUCGGCUCUUAUAUGGGCUGCGCGUAUCAGCUUUACGAGCUGAUCCCUACCAUCUCUCGAUUGGUCCUGUAUGAAAAGCGAAGCAUCUCUCGAAACGACGAUCCAAAAUUGCAAGCUCUCUACAAGGACACGAAGAGAGCCGUCGCUGACUGGACACCCGAUGAACAUCAAGCACACAAUUAUGCUGAAACAAUGGCGGGCAUGAUUGUGCAGAAAACGUUGCUCAUGCUUCUUCACGAAUGUCGCAUUGUAGAAGGUCAAGGCCCUCAGCAUGUCAUGCGAGACAUUCAACCCCUCAUUGAAGAGACCAUGUCGCUCAUCGAAAUAAUUAGUAAAGAGCCGGUAAGCUGUGUCCUCGCAUGGCCUAUGAUGAUUACAGGCUCGAUGAUGGUUGAAAAAAGGCAACGUCACCGUCUACUGAGUCUCUUUAGAACUCACCACACCCACACCGCGCUCGCGGAGCAGAUAGUCCGGCUGCUCAACCUGGUCUGGGAAGAUGACGACAAAAAUUUGUUCGGGAUCACUGGUCUCGGGACCGUCGCUAAACAACACAAGACAUAUAUGUGUUAUGCGUGA